AGCGGCUGACGUCAGCAGGUGGCCUCUCUCGGCGUAGUGAAGGGAAGGCGCAAUGGCGAGGAGCGCUAGGCCUCUGAGGAAAGCGCUGUGCGAUGCGUUCCAGUUGCCGCUCACCCUGGCACGGGAGCGGCAGGCCAAGCACACCGUAAGACAUCAGGAUUAGAAAGAAGGUGAAGUAGGAUGCCACAGUUACGCAACUAGUGGAGCUGCCUUCUAACAAUGCCAGAGACCCGGGUUCAAUCCUGAUGUUGAGUGCUUUCUGUGUGAAGUGUGCACAUUCUCCCCGUGACCGAAUGGGUGCUCCAGUUUCCUCUCGCAUCCUAAAGAUGUGCAGGUAUCUGGCUUCUUGUGGGAUUCUAAUGAACAGAGUUCCUACGCUCAAGACACCAAGACAUUGCCAUGCACAACAACGGAAUUUCUUCAACUUUGCUGGCCCCCUAAUAAACAAGAAGAAGGAGUAUUCUGAGAGACGAGUAAUAGGGUUUUCCAUGUUGGAAAUGUACAACGUUGUCUCCGGUGUUGCUGACUACAAACAUUUUGUACCCUGGUGCAAGAAAUCGGAUGUGAUAUCUAAACGUUCAGGAUAUGCCAAAGCUCAAUUAGAAAUAGGAUUUCCACCAAUAGUUGAACGGUAUACAUCAGUUGUGACCCUGGUACGACCACAUUUAGUUAAGGCCUCUUGUACAGAUGGGAGACUAUUUAAUCAUUUGGAGACAAAUUGGCGAUUCAGCCCUGGAGUUCCCGGAUAUCCAAGGACCUGCACUGUGGAUUUUUCGAUUUCUUUUGAAUUCCGUUCUUUGCUGCACUCUCAGCUUGCCACUGUGUUUUUUGACGAGGUUGUUAAACAGAUGGUAGCAGCAUUUGAAAGAAGAGCAAAAAAGUUGUAUGGUCCAGAAACCAACAUCCCACGAGAACUUAUGCUUCAUGAGGUGCAUCACACGUAAAUAAAAGCUGGAAGGAACCGUUGUAGGUCCCCUUCUUGAAAGUUGUAUAGAUUUAUUUAUUAGUGUGGCACAUUUCCACUUCUGCAAAUGUGGGGGUGACCUUCAUUACCUACUUGUAACACUUGAUUUUAUAAUAUAGCACUGUAACUUUAUUGGAAAGGUCUUUUGACAGUGUUACAUGCAAAACGCAUACAAGUAUACAUGUAUAUAAAGUGCAAAUUAUUCAGUUGUAACUAAAUGUAAUAUUUCCACAUGUGCAUUAUUAAGUUGGACUGACUGCAAUAAUUUGUGCAGAUUGAGAAGGCAGUCAUGUCGUGUGUUUGGCCAUGCGGGUAAUGUGAGUAGUGAAUUUAGUGUCAGACACUAACUCCUAUAUGUCUAAAUAUACACUAUAAAGGCAAACAAGUGAACAUAUUCUCAUACGGAAUUUUU